AUGCUUUCAAAGAACGACGAGAACCCGAUCUUGUAUAGCGACGUCGAUCAAGAGAAACUUCAAGCAAAAGCAUCGAAAUACCUCCUCAACUUUGGAACAAAAUUCAAUAAUGAUGUGAUCUGCGGCAGCAAGGGACUGUACGUAUACACAGCCUCAGGACACAAAGUGCUAGACUUCACAUCCGGACAAAUGUCCUGUCUCCUCGGCCACGGCCACCCCGAAAUCGUGAAGACGAUCACCGACCACGCAGCCUCCCUAGAUCACCUAUUCUCAGGCAUGGUCUCACCACCCGUGAUCAGCCUCGGCGAGCGGCUCUGCAAUCUCCUACCACCCGGCCUCGACAAAGCAUUUUUCCUAUCCACAGGUGGAGAGAGCAACGAAGCAGCGAUAAAACUAGCCAAAGUCUACACAGGAAAAUUCGAAAUCGUUGGACUAGGCGCUAGCUGGCAUGGGGUGACAGCCCAGGCACUAGGCGCACAGUAUCACUUCGGCCGAAAGGGCCAAGGACCCCUGAUGCCGGGGAUGCUGAUGCUCCCACCCCCAAACGCAUAUCGAUCGGUGUUUCGUCAUCCCGGUGGCUCGUACGACUGGGAAGCAGAGAUGGAAUAUGGCUGGCGUAUGAUCGACAUGCAAUCGUGCGGCUCGCUGGCAGCUUGCAUUGUGGAAUGCAUCCAGUCAUCAGCCGGUAUGCACGUCCUACCGCCCGGCUACCUUGCCGCUCUGAAGCGAGAGUGCGAAAAACGCAGAAUGCUCUUGAUCGUCGACGAAGCGCAGACUGGUGUUGGCCGAUGUGGCGAUCUCAUGGCGAUUAAUCAUGAGAACGUUGUUCCGGAUAUCCUCACGCUGAGCAAGACAUUGGGCAAUGGUCUCCCUCUCAGCGCGGUCGUUACGAGUGCUGAGAUCGAUCGUGUCUGCGCUGAGAGGGACUACUGCUUCUACACGACUCACGUGAAUGACCCGCUUCCGGCUGCUGUUGGGGAUAAAGUGCUUGAGAUUGUGGUGCGGGAUGGGUUAGUUGAGCACUCUCGUGCUAUGGGCGAGAUUCUCCACGGUCGGCUCAAUGCAUUGAAAGAGAAAUAUGGUUGUAUCGGGGAUGUGCGCGGGCGCGGACUUAUGGCUGGGAUUGAGAUUGUUGAGAAUCGCGAGACAAAGACCCCUGCCCUGGCUUUGGGUAAGGCGAUCGGAGACCGAGCUUAUGAAUUAGGCUUGUGGGCCAAUCUCAGUAGCCAUCCCAGCUUUGGGGGUGCCUUUCGCAUUGCACCGCCAAUUACUAUCACUGAGGACCAGCUGCUGAGUGGCUUGGGAAUAUUGGAAGAGGCGUUCGCCACUACUCCUGGGACUUUGCCUAUGGGCGAAGGUGUAUAG